CCUUGGCGUCUUAAGAGGCCAACCAAUUUUAAUUUAUUAAGUAAAAUAAAUAUAUUUUUUUUUCAACACAGUAAUCGAUUUAUUUUACUAAAGAUUCGCCACUAGACUACUUUCGAGAGUUUUCCUAGCUGCUUUAGACUUACAAAUGCGUUAAUUGGUCCAGUCUAAUCUCACCGCGGAGGGCGGAAAUGGGCCGACCAGUUUCCGUUUGAUUGAUAUCCCCCCUUCCGCCUGUUCCCGACCAUCCCCCUCCGACGCUGCCUCUGCCCUGCCCUAGCUGCGGUCACGAUCGGUAUAUAUACGGGGAUGGACGCUGGACAUGUCAUCAUUCCACACUGCCAGCUCCAUCGGUAGCAACCAUGAACACCGCCGUCGCCCUCCUGUUGGUCGCCCUGAGUGCCGCGAGCCAGGCUCGCCCCCAGGGCCCCUACCCUGCCGCGGGCGUGCCCUCCUUCGCGCCGUCCCCGACGGUGUACAGCGUGGCGCCCGCUCCGGCCCCCGUCCAGGUCUACUCCGCGCCAGCACCCACCGUCAGCUACGCCUCGGCGCCGUCCGUGUCGUACUCCGCACCCGCGACGGUCUCCUACGCGGCAGCUCCUGUAGUGUCCUACUCGGCACCCGCCCCCGUGUCCUACUCUGCCCCCGCCCCUUCCGUGAGCUUCGCCUCCGCCCCCGUGUCUUACUCUGCCCCCGCUCCAUCAGUGAGCUUUGCUUCCGCCCCCGUGUCUUAUUCCGCUCCCGUGUCCUACUCUGCCCCCGCUGUGUCAUUCGCCUCUGCCCCCGUGUCCUACUCGACCUCGGGCACCUCUAGCAGCUACAGCCCGCCCCCUGCUGUGUCCUUCGCCUCCGCCCCCGUGUCCUACUCAGCCCCUGUCUCCUACUCUGCCCCCGCCCCCGCUGUGUCCUUCGCCUCCGCCCCUGUGUCCUACUCGGCCGCCCCCUCGAGUCACAUCGUGACCCCAGCCACCGAGUACGGAGCGCCCACCUUCUAAGUUAUUUGUGUUUGGCAACGUGUUUUCUGCGGCGACGGCGGUGUAGUUAUACUGACUACCGAAGACACCCCAUGUACCAAUGAUGGAGACUGCGCAAUCAAAAUAAAUUUUUGAAUCAAUAAUCUUUACGACUAAAAUUUUUUACCCUUCCCUUUUUUGAAGAAAGUAGAGAUUUACAAUGUUAGACAGGCAGUUUCGACCACAGGACAAACACUGUAACUCUUAGAGAGCCUGG